UAUUUUGCUGACGAACGUACGUUAUAAUACACCGCGCUGUUUAUGCUAUGGGGCAGUGCACGUGGACCUAAUACGCGGACACUAUGGAUCUAGUGGCUGUGUCACUGAGCCAUUGACCAACCGCCUCGGGACGACUAUCUUCAUUCUAUCGAGUCUGACUAGGGAAGACUACUCUAUACUUACAAUACAUCGGUCUGCACAUCAUCCGCGUUCGACAUGGGCAAACUCAACAUCGCUCAUCACAAAUCAUACCAUCCCUACCGCCGGGACAACAUCGAGCGCGUGCGGAAAGAUGAAGAGGAAGCUGCGCAAAAGGAAGCCGAGGCUGAAGGACGAAUAGUGCUGGCUGACGCAGAAGCUCGGUUGGGCCUUCUCCGGGAGCGUGCAGGGCUUGUAAAAGGAAAGGGGAAGAACAAGGAGGAUGAUAUGAAAGUUAUUGAGGAUGCCAAGGCCUCCGUGGUUGCCAACAACUCAAAUACAGGUCAUGUCAAUCUUUUUGGGGAUUUAGAACAGCAAGAAACGAUCAGUGCUAUACGAGCGACGAAGAAGACUACACAGCCGGAGACUGAGAAAGGUGUACCACUGGCUCCAAGUGCCAAGGACCUCAAACCAUGGUACAGCGAGCGUGGUAAUGAAAAGGAACACCAGGAGGAUGAGAAGAGCGAACGCCUAAGAUUGCGCGAUCUUGCUUCAAAGACUAGGAAUGAUCCUCUCACAGCCAUCACGCACCAGCUUGCAUCACGCUCGUCAUCAAGCAAUUCUUCCCCCGCCCCUCGGCAGUCAUGGCGGCAAUCCAAACGUCCCACCCCACCUGAUUCAAAUGGGACGAUGAAACCACCUCCCCCACCUGCAGACGCUACAUCUAUGCGCCUCGCACGUGAAUCAUCGGAACGUGAGCGUGCGCUGGCGUUAAUACAGCGCAAGAAACGUGAAAUGAGAGGAAGCGAGACGCCAAGUACUGUGCAUGGAGGUCUAGAUGAUGGGUAUAGGGACGUGUUUAACCGGCGGGAGGUCGAGGAAGCGCAUUCAUAUCGACGGCGGCGGUGGUAAGUGCAUUCCCUGCCCAUGAGACCUGUUUAUUGCACUGUAUGCUCUACAUCCCGCACUACGACGGGAUGUUGUAUCAAUUGUUUUAAUAGGCACUUGACUUGACCCUUGGACGCUGGACUGGCUGAUUGACUUAGUGCUAGUCCUGGCCUGCCCUGUCACGUCGGACUAGCAGAAAACUCCGAACAUUCACUCCGUACCACAUUUAUGCCUUUCCACUUGCUUUCCACUGUGAAUCCUUCUCAAAGUCUUGCCUUCUUCAUGGUCACUUGCGAAUCGAUAGGCCAGCUCUCCCGAAUACAGCAACGUAAUUGCACCAGGCAGCUAUCUACAUAAUGACGGGGCUGCCCUUAUUAUGCGUUCAAGACAACUGAUUUUUUUAAAUUUUAAUUUUAAAUCCAUGUUUAUUGUCC